AUGUCUUAUAAUUCAUUAAAUAGCAAAAGCUUACCGUACAUUAGCAAGGAACAGAUUAAGCUUCAACAAGAAUUACAAACAGAAUUAUUGAUUAAAGAAGAAACAAUAGAAAUAUCGGAUGAAAGUGAUUUGGAGGAAAUUCAACCAGUUCAAAUUUGGUUUUCUUUUGAACAUAAACGAAUUCAUUCAAAAGGAAAACCUUACAUACGAGUUCAUUAUGGUAAACCUUACGCAUGUGAUGUUUGUGAUCAAAAAUUUAAUAGAAAAAUGCAAUUAAUUGAACAUAAACUAAUUCAUGUGAGAGAAAAACCUUUCGAAUCUGAUAGUUGUGAUAAAACAUUUACCAUGAUUGGAAACUUCAUUGAACAAAAAUUGCAUUCAAGAGAAAAACCUUUCACAUGCGAUGUUUGUGAUCAAAAAUUUAAUAGAAAAAUGCAAUUAAUUGAACAUAAACUAAUUCAUGUGAGAGAAAAACCUUUUACAUCUGAUAGUUGUGAUGAAAGAUUUACUACAGCUACUCUGGCUAGAAAUUUAAUUAAUCCAAAAUUAUGUUAUAAACAUAAAUUCAAUUUAAUUCGACAUAAAAGAAUUCAUUCGGAAGAAAAAUCCGUAAAAGAACAAAAUACCAACAGUGCGACUAGAUUAGAAUUUCAACUAACUCAAUCUUUGUCUAGUCAAGUAAGCGCAGAUAAAAAUAAUGCCAAUGCAAAUACACUUGGUGUUUGUGAUAAAUCAUAUAAUGAGCAAAUUUGUUCAAUUAAUAAUAAAAAUCUACAUUAUGUUCACGGAGAACAUGUUAAACUUCAACAGGAAUUAGAAACAGAAUUAAUUAUUAAAGAUGAAAUCAUAGAAAUAUUAGAUGAAAGUGAAGGAAGAACUUAA